AUACAGCGGGUUGCGAGCGAUGACAGUGGGCAGCGGCUGUGGGAAAGUUAACAGCGCAGGGAUGGAGAGGGUGGAGGCAGCAGCGGAGGCUGAGGGUCACUCAGCAAUAAGCGGCUGCCUGGAAUCCUGCCCGCAUCCCUUUCUGUCGCAGUUUCAACGGAGAGAAUGGUGCGUUUGAGCAGAAUAUUGGAUAUCAACACCCAUCCUCGUACAAGACUGAACGUGACCAUGGCUGAGUGUUCCGAGAUGGCUGGUGAUAUAGAUUGGAAAGAGCGGUGUAUGACUCUUGAGUCGCAGAUGCUGAAGUUUCGGGUGCAGGCCAGCAAAAUCAGAGAGCUGCUUGCAGAGAAGAUGCAGCUACUGGAGAGGCAAGUAAUGGAUGCCAACCGUCGUGCCGACAAGGCCAACCAACAGGUCCGUGUUAUGGAAGAAAAGCUAAACGCAGCCAACAUCCAGACAAGUGAGUCCGAGAAUAAGUUGUACAAGAUUUGCCAGGAGCUGGAGGCCCUUGUAGUGGAAAAAGAUGACUUAAUUCAGCGUUUAGAGCUCCAGCUAGAUGAACAGAAACAUCUACGGAUGCAGGAGGCCAAAGUUAUAGAAGAGAAAGCAGCCAAAAUCAAAGAUUGGGUGACAAUGAAGCUGCAUGAGCUUGAAAUUGAAAAUCAAAAUAUUAAAUUUAUCAAUCAACAACAAGUGGAACAUAUCCAGAUCCUUCAGACAAAGCUACAAGCCCUGACCGGGAGUCGCGGACAGAAGUCACCAUCGUGUUUAAGUCAAACCUCAGGAGAAGCUCAGCGACUCAGCAGCCUGACAUUUGGAUACUUCAAAGGAAAUCCUCAAAGUCUUCAGCAAAAUACUCUGGAAGCUGGAUUAAUGGAUAAACAGAUUACAGGCAAGGAAAUGAACAAGCGGUCCCGCUCGAAACCUGCUCAAAGUACUGACAUAGAUCAAAGGGGUUUCCCACAAAACCACUGUGCGUCGGAGUUAGAAGGUAGCAAAGAACUGACUAACCACCAGCCUUUAACAAAAGAAGUAGGUACGGCUUUUAUGCCUCUAAGUGAUGACAGUUCCGAUGAGGGAGUGAGAAUAAAUCAGGCAACAUCUAAAUCCUGGUCCAACCUGUCCAUUCACACGUCCGAGGAAGCCAUUAGACUCAGUCAGAUUGGGAGCGAUACCUACCUGACAGCAUCUGACGACAGCUUUGAUGACGAGGGUAAAAUUGUGAAAAAGCUACCUUUGCAAGAUGCGGUUGCAAAUACCAAAUCAAGACACGCUGUAGAUCACUUUCCGAGCAUCGUGAUCCCGAAAACACUGAGUAGAAAAAAAACGGACCUUGAUUGUUCUUCCGAUGAGUUAAAUAAGCGAUUUCAGUCACAAAGGCUAGAUUCGUCAUCGGGUGACAAGCACACUCCGAGCCUGAUUCUAACAUCAACACCUACAAUAGCUGGCAGGACCCAGCACACACCUUGCUUCACCAAAGCAACAUCUUCGACAGACUUAACGCCGCCAAAGUUAAGGGCUCCCAGUGUAUUUGGUACAAGUGCGGCCAAAGCAAAGAAACACUGCAGCCAACCUCAGCUAAGCACUGACCGCCUGUUUAGCAAGAACCGCAACGUUAUAAGUAUGAUGAGGCCAAUGGAUCACGAAGAAACUGACAUCGACGUCAUUGACGUCGAAACUGACAUUCUGGAGAAAAUGGAAAUGGGCUAUGAAGAGGGGAUGUUUUGCUAUGAUUCUGAAACCCAAAUUACCGAGGAGCAACCAUGCACAGAAGCCAAAGGCAAAGUUCCUAAUAACAAACCACCAACUCCCCCUCUGCACAGAUUCCCUUCCUGGGAGAGCAGGAUUUAUGCAGUAGCCAAAUCGGGUAUGAGAAUGUCCGAGGCCAUCUAUACGGACCCAAGUAACAAAUGCACUGGCUUCAUGCCUUCUCAAUCAACAUCGGAAUCUUAUACCAGUUUGGUUUAUAAUAGCAUGACUAUUCCAGUUUACACUGUUCUGAAAGGGAAAGCAACCCAGAUCAGCACCAGCCCUUUCUCAGACGAGUCGUCUGAAACAGAAGAAAGUGACAGCUCGAGAGGGAGCUCCAGGACAUCAAUGGCAGGAUCAGACUCCCACAAAGCCAGCAGUCCCAGCAGUCCGCGGGCCAUGAAACGAGGUGUUUCACUGUCAUCUAUGACCUCAGAAAGUGAUUAUGCCAUCCCACCAGAUGCAUACUGUACAGACACAGAAUGCUCUGAACCCGAGCAGAAGCUUCCAAAAACAUCCUCGUCCCAUUCCAUUGACAGUGGAAAAAAUGAACCUUUGGAAAAAUCUGGAUAUUUGUUAAAAAUGGGAGGAAAAGCAAAAACAUGGAAACGGCGAUGGUUUGUCCUUAAAGGUGGUGAAUUGUUGUACUACAAAUCCCCAAGUGAUGCUAUUCGUAAACCACAGGGCCAAAUUGAGCUCAAUGUUUCGAAUCAUAUUGUUAGAUGUGAUGGAAAGCAAACAAUUCAGAUUAUUACAGAGAAAAAGACUUACUACUUGACUGCAGAUUCUCCCAAUAUCCUCGAGGAAUGGAUUCGGGUUUUACAGAAUGUUUUACGCAUUCAGGCCGCCAGCCCACUCCACACACAGCCAGAUAUCAAGCCAUCAAUUGAAGGUUUACUAACUAAGGUAAAGCAUGGUUACUCCAAGAGAGUCUGGUGUGCACUUGUUGGAAAUGGUCUUUAUUAUUUCCGCAGUCAGGAAAACAAGUUUCCAUUAGGUCAGAUUAAUUUGAUGGAAGCAACAGUGGAAGAGGUAGACAGAUCGUGUGAUUCAGAUGAAGAUUACGAGACCAGCAGUCAGAGCCUACUAUCUACACAUUAUACAAUUGGCAUUCAUCCCAAAAACCAGGGCCCUACCUACCUCCUCAUAGGCUCCAAACACGAAAAGGACACCUGGUUUUACCAGCUAAUUGUGGCUUCAGGUUGUACUGAUAUAAAUGUGGGAACUGAAUUUGAACAGCUGAUUGGCAACCUAUUGAAUGCAGAUAAAGAUUCAAGCUCCCAGCUCUGGGCCCACCCGACUCUAUGCUACUGUAAAGAUGGGAUAACAUCUCCUCUUACCACACUGCCAUCUGCAGCUCUGCAGACUGAAGCACUCAAGCUGUUUAAGACUUCCCAGUUAUUCAUCAAUGUUGCUAUUGAUGCCCCUGCCAUUGACUAUCAUGUAUCACUGGCUCAGAGUGCUUUGCAAGUGUGUCUCACGCACAGAGAGCUUCAAAAUGAGAUCUACUGCCAAUUAAUCAAGCAAACGAGGAAGCAGCAAACCCAGAACCACUUUGGAACACUUCAGGGAUGGCAGUUCUUGGCUUUAUGCAUUGGCCUUUUUCUUCCUCAACACCCUUUCCUCUGGUUAUUCAGAGUUCAUCUACAGCAGAAUGCAGAUCCAAGGACUGAAGUUGGAAAGUACGCGAUUUACUGCCAACGGUCACUGGAAAGAACUCAGAGAAAUGGAAGUCGUGAAUCAAAACCUUCUAGAAUGGAAAUUCUGUCAAUACUCUUAAGAAAUCCAUACCAUCAUUCAUUACCUUUCAGCAUUCCCGUUCAUUUCAUGAAUGGCACAUAUCAGGUGGUUGGAUUUGAUGCAUCCACCACAGUGGAAGAAUUUCUACACACACUGAACCAGGAAACUGGCAUGAGGAAGCCUGUGCAGUCUGGAUUCUUUCUUUUCACAGAUGAUCCAUCAGGAAAUGAUCAAGAGCACUGUCUCCAAGAAAAUGUAAAGAUUUGUGAUAUAAUUUGUAAAUGGGAGCAAGCCGCCAAGGAACAGCAUCCUGGGAAAUUUGAAGGUACACGAACUGUCCGACUCACCUAUAAAAACAGGCUGUAUUUCUCAACACAAGUGCAUGGAGAGACAGACAGAGAAAAGCUCUUGCUGAUGUAUCAAACUAAUGAUGCAAUUGUAAAUGGACAUUUUCCAGUAAACAAAGAACUUGCAUUAGAAAUGGCAGCGCUUCUAGCUCAGGUGGAUUUUGGAGACUUUGAACGACCAUUCUCAUCUCCAGCCGGUCAUAUCUCCACGCAAUUGAAAUCAAACCAAGCUCUGAAGCAAGUAAUAGAGAAAUUUUAUCCAAAAAGGUACAAACAAGGAUGUACAGAUGAUCAGCUCAAACAAUUACUUCAGCGACUUUCAACGAAAUGGAUGGCUCUACGAGGUCGUAUCACUGCUGACUGUGUACGCAUUUACUUUGCUGUAACUAAGAAAUGGCCUUUCUUUGGAGGAAAGCUAUUUGCUUCAAAGCCUAUCAUACCACCACUAUCUGAUCCGGCACCUGUGUGGUUGGCUGUGAAUGAGAAUGGCAUUAGUAUACUGGAAUACAACUCAAUGCGCUUGAUAACAACGUAUAUAUACAAGAAUAUCAUGACCUUUGGUGGCUGUGGUGAUGACUUUAUGCUUAUAGUUGGAAAACCAGCAGAAGGUGCCUGUACAAAAGACAAACCAUUGCAAAAGCUCCUGUUUGCCUUGUCAAAACCAAAGAUCCUAGAAAUGGCUUUGCUCAUAGCCAGUUACAUCAAUAGUUUCCAAUCCCAGAAAGGGAUUGUUCACCACAUGUUACUUCCAUCUUCGCUUUCUGUCCAGAUGGCAGGGCAAAAAUCAAAGGACAUGGGAAGUCAAUCGUUACUUUCACACGCCAGGCCAACCAAAGGACCAACUUUGUUAUAAUGAUGAUAGUAAUGAACCUAUUGAUAUUAUCUGUACACAAGUAUACUAAAAUGCAUCUUUAGCUGCAUAGAAAAAACGUUUUAAAGGUUUUUUUUGCACAAAAUGUAGCUGCAUGUAAAGAUUUAAUUAACAACAUUAAGGCCUUGCACUUCCUUCAGUAUAAAAGCAUUUGAACAACAAAGCAAUAUUCUAUUAAAAAAGGCUUUUGCUUUCAUGGAUAGAUGGCAACCUAACCAAGUGUCCAGCUGUGCACAUGACCACUGAGCAACAGUUACAUUCACUGUUAAAAUAAUUAAGGGAUUGCUCAACAUUAACAGUUAUUAAGUGUUGUUAAGAUUAAAAUUGAUAUUAUUUAUUAUAGUUUUUUAAUAGAUAUAUCAAAUGACUUUUGGUGUUUUUUGGUGGUCAAGUUAUUUAAACCAAAAGUAACAGUUUCUGUGUUGUUAAAUAACCACUUUCUAACUUUUUUACAGAUUUAUUUUUAUCUUAUGACCAUUCAAAUAAUAUUUUAAAGUGUUUGCAUUUUCAUCUCUAGCCAUAAAGUAUAUAUUUGUUUAAUAAUAAUCAAAACAUUGAAUUAGACAAUAGGUGUAGAAGUAGGUCAUUCGGCCCUUCAAGCCAGCACCGCCAUUCACUUGAUUCAGCUUGCACCCUAUGUCCAGGCUAUUGUUUGGGGUCCUGUAGAUAAGUCCCAUUAGGGUCUUUUUACCCUUACAAUUCCUCAGUUCUAUCCAUACUGACUCUACAUCUCCUGAUUCUACUCUCACAAGGGACUGAAUUUCAUUCCUUACCAACAGAGCUACCCAACUCCCUCUGCCCACCUGUCUGUCUUUUCGAUAGGAUGUAUACCCCUGAAUGUUCAGUUCCCAGCCCUGGCCCUCUUGCAGCCAUGUCUCUGUAAUUCCCACAACAUCAUACUUGCCAAUUUCUAACUGGGCCUCGAGCUGAUCCACUUUAUUUCUUAUACUUUGCACAUUCAUAUACAACACUUUAACUUCGGUAUUCACCUCCCAUCUCACACCAGUCACUAUUGGCCCUGACCUUGCUCUUUUAUCCCAUCUAGAACUUUACUUCCCAUUAAUUCGGGAGUCUUUUGUAACUUUUCAUGUACUAACAUCCCCUUUUACUCCAUCUUUAUACUCCAAAUUUGUCAACCCCUCCCUCCUGCUUUUUAGUUUAAACCCACACGUGUAGCACUAGCAAACCUGCCGGCCAGAACGUUGGUCCCAUUCUAGUUAAGGUGUAACCCAUCCCUUUUGUACAGGUCACCCCUACCCCAGAAGAGAUCCCAGUGAUCUAUAAAUCUAAAUCCUUGCUCCCUGCACCAGCCCCUCAGCCACACAUUCAGAUCCCCCAUCUCCCUAUUCCUGCCCUCACCAGCACGAGGUACAGGAAGGAAUCUAGAGAUAACCACCCUAGAAGUCCUGCUUUUCAGUCUUCAUCCUAACUCUCUAAACUCGCGUUGCAGAACCUCCUUCCUCUUCUUCCCGGUGUUGUUUGUGCCCACGUGCACAACUACUGCCAACUGUUCACCUUCCCUCUCGAGGAUGUUCUGAAAUCGGUCCAUGACAUCUUGAACCCUGGCACAAGGGAGGCAACAGACCAUCCUCGAGUCUCGCCUGCCGCCACAGAAUCUCCUGUCGGCACCUCGGACAAUGGAGUCACCAACCACUACGGCUCUGCCCGACGUCGGUCUCGCCGGUCGAAUGUCAUCGCUAGGAUUGGAGCCACCGACCUGUCCGCCUCUCGGACUGGAGGUGUCGUCUGCCCCGACACCUCCCAAGAGAGUGUACCU